UGUAUUUCUUUUAAUACUCUUUGAUUGGAGACAUUGUGCAGGGUAUGGAUUUUAUGGCGGGCCCACAAUGAAAACACCAGAGUCGGCUGACAUCAUCGAUACCCACAACUUAACAUCAUGGAUCUCAAACUACACUACACGAGCCAUGCUGAUGCAGUACCUUGUUCUAUGUCCGGAACAAGAUAUGUGUCAGGGACAAAGUCUAAGAAGAAGUUACGUCUUUGAUGUAGAAAUGACCAGAACUUGUACGCCUUGCGACUGCGAUGCAUCUUGUAUAAGAAAAUCCUCUUGUUGUCCCUCAAAGCAUUUGCUUAUGGAAAAUAGCUCAGAUCCGAUCGAACAACUGGAACAAAACAAAACGGUUUCUCUUAGCUGUUCAUUGCCUUUUUUGAACAUACAUUCCGAUUUUCAGGAACCGUCGUACUGGAUGGUCGAUAGCUGUCCAGAUGGAAAGUCAAAAAGAUUUUUGAAAAGGAAGAUGUACGCAAGUCAAGGGAACAGCAGAGAGUCAGUGCUUACUUCCGGUUAUCCACUUUGACUGGUGCGUCCUGGUGUUUUGGUUUUCUUGCUCAGAUU